UUUUUUGAAGAUUAAGUAGAAUUUCGAUUUUUGAAGAGCACCAGUCAUUAUAAAAAAUGACUUUGCAUUCCGCUUUGGUUUUGGAUCUUGAGAAAUGAGCCACAGGAAUUUGAAAUCUUUCGAGCUCAUCUAAAAAGAGAUGGCCAAGCAAUCACAGGAUUGCAAGAAGAUUCGCUUCGGCGUGCCUACAGCGCAGCAAAGCAGGCAGAAGUUCUAGCCCGUAUGCGCCCGGUUUUGAUCGGCAUGGCCCAUGUCGCAACUAUCGUCAAAUCUCUACACGCAAUAGGUCACUAUCGCGGAAACAUCGAUCGCAAGGUAGAGCCCACACCAGAUAUCACGCGAAUGGACUUCUUGCGCCCACAGAACUUGAGACGCCGUCGUCGUAAUACGCGCAUCGGUAUCGGCGAUGGUUGGGAGGCAUACGGCAGCGGCCGUCCCGUGGACGAUGUGCAGAGGCGCUUCGUUUUCGACUUGAAGUUAUGGAUCUAAUGGACCACGUUCUCGCCGUUCAUUUAGAUGUUUCACUUUUGAGAUUGAGUGUCGUCACGACCAGUUGGUUCUAAUCAUAGAAGAUGAGAUUCGAAAACGGAAGAUCAUGGAGCAGCAUCAACUUGCAUCUCGGAAAGAACUCGAAAAUGACCCUGAAGAUGAAGAUGGUGGGAAGUAGGAGUAGCCGCGAUUUCCGAGGCAGCAUACGAAGCUUCCUUCCAAAGUUGCCUCCCGAUAAGAUACUUCCUUCUAAAGUUGCAGCUUCCCAAGUACGAUCCAUAAGCAUAAUCCAGGCUUCCCUUAAACGAAACUUUGACCUGUAGAUGAUGCGAUACGCAAAUGUUUCAACGCAAGAAGCAACAUGUUUUCAUGCGCAUAACAGCGAAUCAAGCGUUCCUCUGUUAUUAGCAGCUUGGCUGCUCAUAUUGAAACCACG